GUUGCCCUGGCCUCAGGACAGCAUGCCUGCCUCUUUCUUCUUGCCACACCCCCUGCUUCCUCACACAUGGCAGAGUAUUUCAACAGCUUGUGACCUUCCUUACUUCCAGUGGUCAGAAGCUCGUGGCCAGUUGCUGCCCCUUGCCUUUUGGCAGGCAGCACGUAGAAAUGGACUCGUUCUUCUCCAAUGGCAAUGGCCAAACUUCAGGCAUAAAAAGGAGCAAGAAUCUCUGGUCCUAGGGAGGCUCAGCCAGCAGAUCCCCCAAACCGUUGACCUCCUCAUGAGAGAAGAGUUGUCAUAAUGAAACGGAACCAAUCAACCUUGGCUCUGGUGGAACAAAUCUUGUCUGAGUUCAGGCUACAGGAAGAAGACCUAAAGAAAGUGAUGAGGAGGAUGCAGAAGGAGAUGGACCGGGGCCUGCGGCUGGAGACCCAUGAAGAAGCCAGUGUGAAGAUGCUCCCCACUUACGUGCGCUCCACCCCCGAGGGGUCAGAAGUGGGAGAUUUCCUCUCCUUGGAUCUGGGCGGCACAAAUUUCCGGGUAAUGUUGGUAAAAGUGGGAGAAGGAGAGGAGGGUCAGUGGAGUGUGAAGACAAAACAUCAGAUGUACUCCAUCCCUGAGGAUGCCAUGACAGGAACGGCAGAAAUGCUAUUUGACUACAUCUCUGAAUGCAUUUCUGAUUUCCUGGACAAACACCAUAUGAAACAUAAAAAGUUGCCUCUGGGCUUCACAUUCUCCUUCCCCGUGCGGCAUGAAGACAUUGACAAGGGAAUCCUUCUCAACUGGACAAAAGGCUUCAAAGCAUCAGGUGCCGAAGGGAACAACAUAGUCGGGCUCUUGAGAGAUGCUAUCAAGCGGCGUGGGGACUUUGAGAUGGAUGUUGUUGCCAUGGUCAACGACACAGUGGCGACAAUGAUUUCCUGCUACUAUGAAGACCGCCAGUGUGAGGUCGGCAUGAUUGUUGGCACGGGGUGUAACGCCUGCUACAUGGAGGAGAUGGAGAACGUGGAACUGGUGGAAGGGGACGAAGGCCGCAUGUGUGUGAACACCGAGUGGGGAGCCUUUGGGGAUGCUGGAGAACUUGACGAGUUCCUGCUGGAGUAUGACCGGGUGGUGGAUGAGACCUCCCUGAACCCCGGUCAGCAGCUUUAUGAGAAGAUCAUCGGGGGCAAGUACAUGGGGGAGAUCGUGAGGCUGGUUCUACUGAAACUGGUAGAUGAGAAUUUGCUCUUCAACGGGGAAGCAUCUGAACAGCUGAGGACCCGGGGGGCCUUCGAGACCCGUUUCGUCUCCCAAGUGGAGAGUGAUUCUGGGGACCGAAAGCAGAUCUACAACAUCCUGAGUACUCUGGGACUGCUUCCCUCCACCACAGACUGUGAUAUUGUGCGCAUGGUCUGUGAGAGUGUCUCCACCCGGGCAGCCCAGAUGUGCUCCGCAGGGUUAGCAGGUGUCAUCAACCGCAUGCGGGAAAGUCGCAGCGAGGAGGUCAUGAGGAUCACCGUCGGUGUGGACGGCUCUGUCUACAAACUGCACCCCAGCUUCAAACACCGAUUCCAUGCUACUGUGCGGCAGCUGGCCCCCUGUUGUGACAUCACCUUUAUCCAGUCAGAGGAGGGCAGCGGCCGGGGGGCUGCCCUUGUCUCUGCCGUGGCCUGCAAAAAGGCCUGCAUGCUUAGCCAGUGAAGCAGUGGAGGCCCCCGCCUGCCAGGGCAGCUGCCAGGGCGCGCUCACAGCAAGCUGCUCCCCAGCUCCUCAGGCCUUGACUGCUCAGGACAGAACUGCUCACCUGAAGGAGGCUGGGCCUUUGCUGAUCAUGAGUGCCCGGGAAGAUUUACUCUUGGGGGUUGUUCCUUCUCCCAAAGGAGAAAGCUGAGGGUGCAAGGCAGCUUGUUUCUCUCCAUGCAGCGGCUGAUGGCCUCUCCACGGAUGGGGGACUUACCCAUCUGUGGUAAACGGGCACAGUACUCAGCUCAAGGAACCCCCCCCCCAUAAGGACCAGGGGGAAAGACCUGGCAGAGAAGGAAUGGCUUCAAAGAGAUCCAUAACUAGGAAUUUUUGUGUCUGGAUCAAGGGAAAGGAUGCUGGGGGAAUUCACUUGGGCUGCGGCCAUCAGGGAAAAAGAGUACUCCUGGGUACCGCCAGAUUUCUGUGCUGCUGAAGGGCUGACUUGUAGUGGGUGGAAGUGGGCAGAGUAGGGGGAAACAAAGCUCAACCAUUGGGGAAGGAAGUAUGUCCCAGGACCGGGCUUUCAGCAACCUCCACGUUCUGGUGCCCUGGGACAAAGUCUUUGUUGCUCUCUCAUUAAAAGCUCUGACCUUAAAGAAUGGCCUCUUACACAGCUCUGCCCAAGCCCACCACUUUGUGUCUCCCUCUUCCAUUUCCUCAUACCUCCCCACCCCCACAGCCCACCCUCUCUUCCUAGCCAAUAGCCAGGCCCUUGAUUGAAACCCAUUGGCAGCCAGGGAGGGUCUAUUCCUGGUGUGACUCUAGCUUGGUGCAGGGAGGCCACAGCCGGCUUCCUUUUAAAUGGCUGACCUGUGGAUGCCCCAUGGGGCAAGCUCCUGAUCCCUGCCAGUCUGCCCCCUAUGAGGAUCACUGGGCUGUACUCAGACUCAAAAGAUUCUCCCCUCUCUCUCUCCUGGGUCCCAGAAGGCAGGAACCUGAGGACUUCAGUCCUGAGGGUGUUGGGGGGAAUAACCUACUUGUGCCACCGAGAGAACCAAAGAGCACAGAUUCCCUGCAUCCUCAGGUAAGGCGGUCUCACCCGGGUGGGCCUUGGUCCUUUUUCUCAGUAUGGAAAUACACUCAGUAAUUUAAAAUGAGCAGAACCUCAGCAAGAGGGAAGAAGUCAUCUGGCACCUUCCCCAACCCCGAUCCCAGUCUGGCAAGUUGCAUGAGCCAGGGGGUAUCCCUGUGUGCCAGAAAUAUACCACCGCAGUCUGGCCACGAUGCACAGAAGGACAAGGCCCCCUGCCUCUCUCUGAGCCGGAAGCCCGUGUGUCUCCCUGGGGCUCUGAUUGUAAGAGCCUUCCCAAGUCACUCUCCAGAGGAAGGCCCCGGAGCCAGCCUUAGUACCGGUCUCCCCUGUAGAUUAUAUACCCAUCGAAACACAAAACACACAUACGUGCAGCCCAGGCCUUCCUUUCCACAUUGUGAAGCCAGCAUACUCAUCACGCUCCUUUCCAAUUCCUUCCCUGAUUGUCUUUUUAUUUUUAAAUAAAGAAAAAUUUGAA